CAAGCGUAACAACGGCUUCCAAUCAGAUGUGCCUGCUGGUUGGCUCAUUAAUAUUCAUAAGACAAGUUCUCGCCGUAGUAGGAUAGGAUCCGUGAAUUCGCUCCCGUUAACGGUGGAUUCCGGUCCGCGUAUUUUUACGUGGACUUCACGGCAUUGCGUCACGUUGAUGAAUUUGAAGUGAUGCUACCGAGAGGCGCAUCCGUCCGCGUAUGAUAAACAUUCAUUUGCGCGUAAAUAACGACGGAUUUUAAAGGUGUGAUAUAUAUUUUAAAAAAUUAAAAUAGGAAAGUGUCUUAAAUCAGAGUGUUUAUGUGUGUAAAUAUACACACACGCGCGCUUCUGCUCAGGUGGGCCAACGUUUUUGCGCGUGUCGUCGGUGGUCUCGCGCACGGGACGGUAAUAUAUACCCGGUUUGCGCGGCUCGGGAUGAUCGGUAAGGCUCAUGCACGCGCUCUUCCGUUCGAUAUCCGCACCAUCCCGGGGUGUGACGGAUAGACACGGAUCCGCCGCUGCGCCCAUGGCGGGUCCCGCAUUCACGGGAGCGCACGGGACCUGGAUCACAUCUCGGCUACGGGAGGACGCGUCAUCUUCUUCAUCAUUAUCAUCAUCGUCGUCCGCAGAGAAACCGCGCAAACGGAGAGCCUUUAACCUGGUCAAACUGCGGCAGCCCACCGCCCCCGGUAACAACAACACUCCGUUUGUGAUCUCCGGUCAUAUCAAGCACAUCUGCAGCAACUGCAGCCGCGGGAAUGACAUCCGGGACGCAGAGGGUGCCGAGCGGCUGGCGGCCAUGCGCUCUGAUUCUCUGGUGCCCGGGACGCACACGCCGCCGAUCCGCAGACGGAGCAAACUGGCCAGUCUAGGACGACUCUUCAAGCCGUGGAAAUGGAGAAAGAAAAAGAGCGACAAGUUCAAACAGACGUCUGCAGUGCUGGAGAGGAAGAUGUCGACCCGUCAGAGCAGAGAAGAGCUCAUCAAGAGAGGCGUGCUGAAGGAAGUGUAUGAGAAAGUAGAGGAGGUCAGCGGUGACAUGUGUGUGAGUGACCUGGACAGACAGACGGUCAUCAGUCCAGUAUCAGAGUCUGUAGACACCAGCGUCACAGUGGCAGUGUCGUUCUCAGAGGUCCAGUCGUCUGGAGAAACUGUGGCGUGUCUCUCAGAUCUCGUCCCAAAGCCAUCUCAAGCCCCGCCCUCUGUGAAGCCUGUGUCGUUGCCUGGCGACAGCACUGACAUCACUCACGUGAGGCCGUCGUCACUGAAACAGCCUCCUGCCUUACCGCCGAAGCCAUACAGCAGAAUUCCCAACCAUCUUACAGAGACGCUUGCCAGACUGUCACCGCCUCUCCCUCCAAAGAAAGUGAUGAUAUGUGAGCCAGCGCCCUCGUUUUCCCUCAAAUGCCUGCCGUCCCAGGGCACGCACACGCACACACAUGCGCUCGCACACGCUCACUCGCAGCAGUUCGCCACCCUGCCGCUGUCGCUCCACCCGCCCAGCCGCAUCAUAGAGGAGCUCAACAAAACACUCGCGCUCACCAUGCAGAGGCUCGAGAGUUCUGUACUGCAGGCGGUGCCAUCUGUCCUGAUGGAGACGGAAGAGGAGAAGGAGAACAGAGAUUCAAUGCACCAAACUCCCGCCAACACACACACGCUCAUCACACACACCUUCAGCUCGCAUGAGGAAGAGGACGAGGAAGAAGAGGAUGAUGACGACUCACUGUUUACAAGUACACUGGCUUUAAGGAUCUUACGGAAAGAUUCGCUGGCGAUCAAACUGAGCAAUCGCCCGUCGAAGAGGGAACUGGAAGAUAAAAACAUCCUACCCAUGAUGAGCGACCAGGAGCGACUGGAGUCCAGACAGCAGAUCGGCACCAAACUGACCCGUCGUCUCAGCCAGAGACCAUCCGCAGAGGAGCUGGAGCAGAGAAACAUCCUCAAACCUCGCAACGAGCAGGAGGAGCUGGAGGAGAAACGGGAACUGAAGAAAAGACUCUCGAGGAAGUUGAGUCAGAGACCCACCGUAGAGGAGCUCAGAGAGGCCAAAAUUCUCAUCCGCUUCAGCGAUUACGUGGAAGUGGCCGAAGCUCAGGAUUACGACCGUCGAGCGGACAAACCCUGGACGAGACUCACCGCUGCCGAUAAGGCUGCCAUACGCAAAGAACUUAAUGAGUUCAAAAGCACAGAGAUGGAGGUGCACGAGUCGAGUCGACAUCUAACCAGGUUUCAUCGGCCAUAGUGACGCACUUCAGUCAAUCAGUGAACUCUCUCUUUUGGAGCCGUUAAUACUUUAAUGGGACACUGAACAGACUGCUGCACAUUUUGAUCAGGAAUCACAUGGAGGAACGACCCGCCGCUCGGAGCAACAGAUCCUGAGCGGAUCCUCCGGGACUCUCGCCACAUGUCCACCGUUCAGAUGGAUUUUGAGUCCCGUCGAUGUGCCGGUGGAUACGAACCAGCUGAUGUGUGGAUAUUUGUGUAUAUUUUGACAAGAUAUUACGUGCUCUUGAAUUACGCCAUGAAUUUUUCUCUUUUUUUUUUUUUCUUUCUUUCUCCAGGCGAUGGUUUUUAAUGCAGCAGAUAAUGUAGUUGAUUUUCUACUUGUAACUGAGAAAUUAUUCCACAGUCCUUUUAGGUUAUAAAAACAUUGAAAACACAAGGGAAAUGACUUUUCUAAUGCAUUAUCACACACAAAAUAUAACCGUCUUUUAGUCCACACUUUUCAUUUUAAACAUUUAUGCAUCUGUCAGAUGCUUUUAUUAUCAGUUCAUGCAUUUCCUGGGAAUCAAACCCAUUGCUAACGCUGUUAAUGCUACAGAAAUUCACAAAAAAACAUCUUUAGAGGACCUAUUAUGCCCCUUUUAUGGAGUCUUGUUUUCAGGCUCUGAAUGUUCAUUAUUAUUUUCCUCAUAUUCUCCAUUGUUGCAGCUCCUCUCUUCCCAGUCUGUCAGUAACGCUCU